AUGAGGAAAAAUAGAAUAUGCUAUUUUAUAUUGGCUUUCUAAAUUACAUAUAGUAGAAUAGUUUCUACCUUUUAUAUUCUGUUUUAAAAGAAUAAUUAAAUUUAUGUAAAGCUAACUGAAGCAUUAGAAAAGGGAAAGUUUCAAUAUCUAAAAAGUUGUUUAAAUGAUUAGGCCAAGAUUAAUAUAUUUUAAGGGUUUUUUAUUCUGUUUAAUUAGGAAUUAAAUGAAAUGCUAUCAGUCAUAAACCAAAAAAUACUAGAGUUUAAGAUUGAUUAAAAAAGAGUUCGUAAGUAUAAAAGAUCAGUAAUUUUACAAGAUUGUAUGGCAUCAAAUGAUCAAAUAACUAUUUUCAUACUAUGGUGUUGAAUAUAUAAAAAAAACAAUGAUGGCUUUUUUACAUUCUACAAAUUGGUCAAUCAAAAUUUUUAUGGAUGAUAAACCUAAAGGAUGA